AUGACAGGUAGCAGGUCGUCAGGAGAUGCGCAGUCUGCGCCCCGGCAGAAGGUCCAUUAUCCCUUCUGGUUUGGCGGUUCGGCCUCAUGCUGCGCCGCCGCGGUAACGCAUCCUUUGGAUCUGGUGAAGGUAGAUAUUCGGCCAGAGUUCAGAAUCACGGCAUUUGUCCGCUUACAAACCCGUAAGCAUGGAGAUCCCAAGGGUAUGCUGAAGACUUUCGUGCAUGUGGUCAAGAAUAAUGGUGUGUUGGGUCUGUACAAUGGGCUCUCCGCAUCCCUCCUGCGGCAGAUCACGUAUUCCACGACUCGUUUCGGUGUGUACGAGGAGCUCAAGAAUCGUGCGACCACUUCUUCUUCCUCCCCUCCCUCGACAACUACACUCGUUGGUAUAGCAUGUCUCUCCGGUUUCAUCGGUGGCCUGGUGGGAAACCCGGCAGAUGUUAUCAACGUUCGCAUGCAAUCCGACGCUGCGCUACCUCCGGAGAAACGGCGCAAUUACAAGCACGCCUUCCACGGCUUAAUCCAGAUGGUCAAGAGUGAAGGAACAGGGAGCAUGUUCCGUGGUCUCUGGCCUAAUUCCACCCGAGCGGUGCUCAUGACGGCCUCACAGCUCGCGUCGUACGACAGCUUCAAGCGCCUCUGCAUCCACCAACUCGGCAUGUCGGACAAUCUGACAACACACUUCACGGCUUCUUUCCUGGCAGGGUUUGUAGCAACCACCGUCUGCAGUCCUGCCGAUGUGAUCAAGACCCGUGUCAUGAGCGCUUCGCCCGCGGAGUCUCACGGCCACAGUCUCUUGGGUUUGCUGAAGGAGAUUUGUCGGAAGGAAGGCAUCAGCUGGGCAUUCCGCGGAUGGACACCCAGCUUCAUCCGUCUGGGACCCCAGACCAUUGCGACGUUCAUCUUCCUGGAGGAGCACAAGAAGAUUUAUCGGAGACUGAAGGGAAUUCCUCACGAGGAGAUCUAA